AUGAAUUCGAUGCAAGGUUACAUAGUGGCAGCUUUCCAGUUGAUGAAUUGCCUAAAUGGAAGAAGUAGGGGUCUGGGAAGUAUGAACCUAGGCCCGACUAGAGUCCUUCAAUAUUUGAGGCUGAGCCUGAGAAUGGUGACGGGCGCCAACCAGCUUGAGCGGUCGUCCAAGCAUUUUGCGCACAUGAUCUUAUCAUUGGGAAGUCUGUUCCCGGUUCGACGUUUCUUCCCGGCGCACGGCGUCGUACCCCUCGGCACCGGCUUCCAGGGCAGGGUCUCUGUGAAGCCAUGGGUGGAGGAGACUGGGGAAUGCCACGCUGCCGCGGAAGACCGACCACUGUGA